AAAGAUAAAAAAUUUCAAUCAUAAAAUGUCAAUAGUCAAGUGAAGUUGAAAAUUACAAAAAAAAGAAGUGUGAAAAAUUUCAACAAAUAAAACAAGUUUAUGAUUUAUUUAACAAAACAACGACAGCAGCAACAAAUAUAAAAUAAAGAAAAAUAUUUAAAAGAAAAAAAAACGUAACGAAACGAGCCAAAACGAAAUUAUUUAGCCAACAAUAUGAAUUGGAUUAUUGUGGCCAUAGUGCUGCUUAUGGCUCACAAAGAGUAUAUGGCCAGUCCAACGCCACUCAAAUUGCCCGGUCAUACACAGAAAAUAACUCCAUUUAUAAAACAUUGGGAGGCAGCAAAUUUCGAUCGUACACAUUUACAUGAGGCCCAUCAAAAACAUAUCGAACAGAAGCGACAUCGUCGAAAAAGAGACUUAAAUGCUGGUGAAUAUGGGCCAGCGCAUACCAUAAGACUGAAUUUUUCUGCCCAUGACAGGGAAUUUCGUUUGGUGCUGCGUCAGGAUCCCUUGUCAGUAUUCACCAGUGAUGUACAAAUAGAAACGAGUGAUGGACCCAUGGAUUAUGAUAUUACUAGAAUAUAUACGGGGUCUUUAGAAGAUGAUGAAAACUCCCACGUACAUGCCAUUCUCACCAAGGACAAUCUGUUGGAUGGUACAAUAGAAACACCUACAGAAAAUUUCUACAUCGAACCUUCUCACAGAUAUUCCCAGCAAUUGAAUGAGACUGGCGUUCACACCAUAAUUUAUAAAAUGAGUGAUGUGGACAUGCGCAAACCGGCAGUCAAGGAGCCCUCCAAAUCAUCAACGGCCGAACACUGUGCCAGCGAACGUCUAAGACGCAGCAUGUUACUGGACGAACUUAAACGGAGAAAGGUCAAUGACGAGGAGCUUCGAGCGUACAAGGAUGAGCCUAUCACACAAGAAGAAGUUAAAUUGUAUAAAAAACGCUCGAAAAGAUGGCUGCCAGAAGAGCUGGCUUCAUCUGGUGAUGGCCAUAAAAACGAUCCUCCGCUGCCGUUGGAUUUAGAUGUUCCAUACAAUGAUGAUUACAGUAUUUUUCAUAAUGCGGAUAAUCCGCAUCAGCAGCAGCAUGAUGAAAAAACAUUUAGUCCUUUAGAAAAAACCACCUCAACUGAAACUACGAGUAACUUUAAUAAUAAUAAAAAUAAUUAUAACAAUAAAAAUACAAAUACAAACAAUAAGGAAGAACAACUGCGUAAAACGCAACAAGCAUCUGUGAUAACGUGGCGUAAUGCUGGCCAACAACAAAAAAAAUAUGAUACAGUUACAACAACAACUACUACAACUGCACAGCCACCAGCAUUUAUGUUUCCCACUAAUUCAGCCUCAUCAUCGUUUACCAAGUACAACCGCAAUCGUAACAUCAUUGUUAGUAAUUAUAAUCCGAAUAAUAGCAACAACAACAAUAAUAACAACAACAACUACAAUGGAGACAACAUUAACAAUUCCUACAACAAUAACAUAAGAAAGACCUACACAAAACAUAAAAAUAUUAUUGUUAGUACCUUCAACAGCAACAACAACAAUAAUAAUAACAACAACAAUCAGAACACUAACAUCAGCAAUAGAUCAGCCUCCUCUUACGAUCGUGUCGAUGAUUUCAGCGAUGGCAGUAAUUUCUUCAACAACAAUUGGACCACCAUCUUCAUGGGCAACGAUCGUCCCAUACACAAGACCCACGUGGAAAUCAUCACUAAAAACGGUGCCACCAAAAAGCCCAACAUCAUUGUCAACAACUAUAAUCCCGACAUUAUGAUGGCACCCAAUCCCCACAAUCCCAAUUUCAAUAGUAUGCUUAUGACCAAUCUGCUGAGCAACAGAGGCAGCGGUGACUUUGGUCAAAGUGAAUCAUCAAAUUCGGGAAAAUCCUUGUAUGAUCGCAAGAUCACUUGCAUGCUGUAUUUACAGGCGGAUCAUACGUUUUUUCAGAAGAUGGGUUCGGAUGAGGCCAGCAUAGAGGCGAUUACGAGGCAUGUCCAGAGAGCCAAUGCCAUAUACAAGAAUACAGAUUUCAACAAUGAUGGCAAAGCUGACAAUAUUACAUUCAUGAUUAAGCGCAUCAAAGUCCACAAUAUGAAUGCCGUCAAAGACCCUUCAUACCGCUUUCCCGGCAAUUAUGGCGUUGAAAAAUUUUUAGAAUUAUUUUCAGAGGAGGAUUACGAUGCAUUUUGUUUGGCUUAUAUGUUCACCUAUCGAGACUUUGAAAUGGGUACUUUGGGUUUAGCAUGGACGGGUGAUUUGAAAAAUGCUGGCGGUGUAUGUGAAAAGAAUGGGCAUUAUCGUGGUUCAUUAAAAUCCUUAAAUACUGGCAUUGUAACAUUACUAAAUUAUGGCAAACAUGUGCCGCCAGCUGUUUCCCAUGUUACAUUGGCCCAUGAAAUUGGCCAUAACUUUGGAUCACCGCACGAUCCCGAACAGUGUACUCCAGGUGGUGAAGAUGGCAACUAUAUUAUGUUUGCCCGUGCUACAUCGGGCGACAAGAAGAACAACAAUAAAUUCUCACCAUGUUCCUUGAAAUCCAUUGAGCCGGUGCUUAAUGCUAAAGCCCGCAGUACCAAAGGCUGCUUUACCGAGCCACAAACCUCUAUUUGCGGUAACGGUGUGGUCGAGCCAGGUGAACAGUGUGAUUGUGGCUGGGAGGAAGACUGCAAAGAUUCGUGUUGCUUUCCCAUGUCAAGGCAUUCACGUAUAGACGAGAAACCCUGCACUCUAACGCCGAAAGCCAUGUGUAGCCCGUCCCAGGGUCCCUGCUGUACGGGAGAUUGUAAACUUAAGUAUGGCGAUAAGUGUCGUGAUGACAACGGCUGCCGAGAUCCCAGUUUCUGUGAUGGUCACAUGCCUCAAUGUCCGCCCUCCAUCAAUAAGCCCAAUAAAACAAUUUGCAACAAGGAAUUUGUCUGCUAUAUGGGAGAAUGUACUGGCAGUAUUUGUCUGGCCUACGGUUUGGAAUCGUGUCAAUGUAUUCCUGGUCCGAAAGAUGACAAAAUCAAAUCCUGUGAAUUGUGCUGCAAACUGCCCGGAGAAGAUAAUCCCUGUCGCAGUUCGUUCGAAUGGAAUGAUGCACCAUUUGAUGUGCCCGAUAUGUAUGCCAAACCUGGUACUCCUUGCAAUGACUACAAUGGUUACUGUGAUGUCUUCCAGAAAUGUCGUGAAGUUGAUCCCUCUGGCCCCUUGGCAACAUUGCGAAAACUACUAUUGUCCGAAGAGAGUAUUGCAACAUUUAAAAAGUGGAUGCAACAAAACUGGUAUACAGUUGCUUUAGCGGCUAUUGGCGUUUUUGUAUUAUUGAUACUGAGCACGAAGCUACUGGCGAAGCGAUCAAAUCUGAAAUUGAAAUCUGUCACAAUAAUACACAGCGCCACCACCGAAACCGUACGUCUACCCGACGACAACAACGGCGUUAUCGUGCAUACGGCCGUCCGUACAAAAGUACCAUUCAAAAAGAAGGUAAGAGGCGAACGCAGCAACUCCAACAAUCCAGCCAACAAUGGUAACAAAUCAAAGAUCGGCGGUAGUAAAAUCAAUAAAAAUGCAAACAAAUCCACACAUGCCCAUGCCAGGGCCACAAAAGUUACCACUACGAAUGGGGCAAGCCUAACCACCAAUACUGCCACCGUGAACACUGCGAACGGUGGCACAGUGGGCGAUGCUAAGAAACCUGCCAGAACCAAAAAGAAUAGAGUAUCGGGCAGUACGGGAAAAUCUGCUCACAACGUCAUAAAUGCUGUGGUCAACGCAGAGGAGAAUCUUAAGAAAUCAAAGAAGAAGAAACACAGUAAAGAAAUUAUAGAUUAUUCAUCUCGCACCGGCCCUGCCUUGGGCGGAGCCCCGGUUAAUCACACAAACACCUUUGGCAAGGUACAAAAAUGGUUGCUGGAAUCGCCCAUAGUAGCUCAGCCACUCUCCCACAUCGAACAUUCUUCCAAGGUGAGGAAGGUAAUGAGUAAAUCACAAAGUACCCCCGAAAGACUUGUGCAGAAAACACCCACCAAAAGCAAAAGCAUGGGCAACCUGCCCAAUGAGAAGGUCAAGCUACAGGUGGUAUACAAACCGCCAUUCCGAUUUGCUCUUCGCUUAUCAAAGAACACCAAGGUUAAGACUCAUGUGAUGGGCAACAUAAGCAAUAAUAAAUUCAAAAGACACUCUAGAACAGACAAUAAGCGAUCCAGUGGAAGUCAUCAGAUGGAUGGUGGUGGCAGCGGGAGUGGUGGUGGCGUGAAAUCUUUGGGUGAGAAAACCAAGCGGGCCGCCUUAUUACUACGUUCCAAUAAUGACGAGGACAAUCAAAUUUUAACCUUAAAUGAACCCAAUUACGAAACCCUUAAUCCCAAAACAGCACCUUCCAAAAUGGAAAAUCCCUUCUAUGAAAACAUGAAAUUUAUGCAGACGAAUGAAAAGCGACACAGUGAUCCAGCUGUGACCACUGGAGAUUCGGGUGUGGCCUCAGGCAGUGGAGGUUCUAUGACAAACAGUGUAAAGCGCUCCUCCAGCAAGUCAAAUCUGGAAGCCCAUCAACAACAAUUUCAAAGAUCCUCUAGUUCCAGCAACCCCUUUGCCGUAAUGGAUGCAGCACGUAAUUCGCGCAAACUAAGCGAAAGUAAUGCUGACAACUUAAGCCGCAAUUUUGGCAGCACACAGAAUUUAAUCAACAGCAGUCAAAGUAAUUUAAGUAAAUCAAAAAAACGUAGCAGUCUUAAUUUAAAGUCAAGUCUAAAUAAAAAUGGCAAAGAUCCACCAUUGCCGGCCAACAUGCCACCAACUAAAAGAAGUAACUCCAACAUGAAUCUGAGAAGAGAUUCUGCCACAAAUGCUGCAGCGGACCACUUAAAAGUAUCCAAGCAUUUGCAGUCACAGGCAGUGCCCCUGAGACGUAGCAUAAGCAGCUCCACGCAUACAAAUCAAACGGCUGCCAAUCCUCUAGCCAAAUCAUCAUCGUCAUCAUCAACGCCUGCCGGUGCAGCAGCUUUACCCACUCAACUGCCAUCUUAUAAUGCUCAACGUUCUUCAAGAGCCAGUUUUAGCAAUAUACCCAGAGCUAGUCUUAGUCUGGUCAAUUCAUCCUCCUCCAGUACGGGUAGCAAUUCGCCAGCCAACUUAAAUAAUACAAAUCACACAAAUUUCCCCUUUAACCCCCAAGCCACGACUGUCCACAACAUGCAGAACGAGCAAAGACGCAGUCGAUCUAGUUUACCACCGCCACCAAUACAGCCGCACACCGGCCAUCAAAGAUCAAAUUCUGUACGGCAACAUGCCCACAACUAUCAUCCGCCACCACUGCCCACCAACAGCAGCAACGCAGCAGUCAGCAAUAAAUCUCAAUCAAACUCAAAUGCAAACAACUCGGAAUUGCCAUCCGACUUAGAGGUCAUGGUGUCCGAUAUUGAAAAUUUGGUUAGUUAGUCAAAAGUUUAUAAAGUUCGACAGAGUCAUUUCCUUCGUAGGUAGAAUACCAAUGAAUUGAUUAAGAAUUCCUUGCGUCUGCUGCUUUUAAAUGUGCUCCCACUCUCACUACCACCACUCACUACUUUCACACAAACCUGCCACAAUAUUUUCAAUAUUCGAAAAUUUGGUGUUAGAGAAAACGAAACAAAUAGAAAAGCUGAAAUAAAAAAAACAAGAAAAACUACCGCCGCCUCACUGCCCUCUUUUGGACUACAAUACUAAAUAAUUUUAAAAUUUCAAAGCGAAAGUUACUUAAACUUUUGCAAGACGAUAGAUGGAUGGAUGGAUAGAUGGAUGAAAGCAUGGAUGGAUGGUAUUAUUUUGAUAUUAAAACAUGAACAAAAAUUACAAAAAUUUUACGUGUAACAAAAGUUUCUUAGAUUAUUUUUGUAAGAGGAAAAAUACAAAUAAAAAAAUUACAAAAACUAGAAGACUUCCCUGUCACUCUUUCCUUUCCUUACCCACUCCCUUCCAUAACAAAUUGAAAUAAAUUUGUUUAAUAAAAUACUUGAAUGCUGUAGACAAAGUUUUCCUCCUUAUUGGCUUGUUGUUUCGAUUUUCC